AUGGAAUUUAAUAAUUGUAAAUUUACUGAUAAUAUUAAAGAAGUUAUUGCAAUUAUAAAUAAUGUUUUCACAAUAGAAGACAUUUGGAAACACGUUUGUAUUGGUAAAACAAUAAAAGAAACGAAAUCUAAUAUAACAUAUGAAAUAAAUAAAUACAGAAGAUGUAUUAAAACCAAAUAUAAUGGAGAAGAAAAAGAAGGUGAUUGGGUUUUAAUUGAUACUAAAACUGUGAAAGAAAAGAAAGAAAGAAAAUUUAUAGAUAAGUUAUUGGGUGUUGUUAAAGUUGUAGGUGUUAUUACCCUUGCUGGUGCUGUUGUUACUGUUGGUGUUGGUAUUGGUGCUGGUAUUGUUCUUGGUGGUGCUGUUAUUGGUGCUAUUGGUGGUGCUGCUGUUGGUACUGCUUGUGUUAGUCUUGGUGCUGCUGCUAUGGGUACUAGUGUUGCUGCUAUGGGUCAUGGUGCUGCUGUUGUUGCUCUCACUGUUAUAGGUGGUGCUACUGUUAUUGGUACUAUUGCUGGUGCUGUGGAGGGUAUUACUGAUGCUCUUCCUAUUGCAGAAGCUAUUGGUGAUGUUGCUGUUGGUGUAGUUGAUACGGUCGAUGAUGAAAUUUUUUAG